UACUAAACUCUCAAUCCUCUUCCUCUAAACUUAUUAGUGAACUCAUAUUAUUUUGUAGUGUUAUAAAAAAAAAUGGAGAAAAUUACAAGACUAGCCCUACUAUCGACCACAGCCCUUUUCCUCCUUUGCACACCCACCUCCGGCCAAAGUCCAGCAAAGUCACCGGCGCCGGGAGGCCCUGCUGACAUAAUAGCCGUUCUUAAAAAGGCAGGGCAAUACACCACAUUCAUCAAGCUUCUAAAGGGUACCCAAGUAUCUGACCAAAUCAACUCCCAACUCAGUGGCUCAACCCAGGGCAUUACCGUCUUUGCACCCACUGACUCAGCCUUUUCUAACCUCAAGACAGGUACUCUCAACUCCUUGACCAGUGAACAACAACUUCACCUGGUUCAGUACCAUGUCCUCCCGGCCUUCUAUUCCCUCUCCCAAUUCCAAACCGUCUCAAACCCAAUUCACACCCAAGCUGGUAACAGCGAAAACGGUCAGUACCCGUUAAAUGUAACGACGUCGACUGGUAACCAAGUGAACAUUACCACCGGCGUGGUCAAUGCCACCGUCAGUAACACCGUCUAUACCGAUGGACAGCUUUCGGUAUUCGAGGUCGACCAGGUUUUGCUUCCUUUAGAUAUUUUUGGUGUGGCUAAAGCUCCGGCGCCGGCGCCGGUGGCUGAUUCUAAGCCGGUUAAGAGUGUUGACCAGGAUUCCGAUGAUGCUCCGGCCAAGUCCAAGGGGCCCGCUGAUGAUGACGAUUCUGGUGCUUUGGGCCUGAAAUCAAGCCCAUUUAGUGGUAUUGUUGGGCUUUUAGUUGUUGGAACAGCUUUUCUUGCAGCCUUUUAAUUUUUUGUAAUAUUUUUUAAUAUUGAUUUUUGGAUGAUUUUUAGUUUUUUUUCUUUACUUUGUGUGGCAUUGGAACAAUGGCGAUUCUCUUUUGAAGUUUUAUUAAUUUGAAAUUAUUAUUAUUAUUCUUAUAA